CUUCCCCCACUUCUCCCCCAAGAAAAAGCUGAAUCAUGGACACCACCGGCGCCGCCGCCGCCGCCGCCGCCGGAGGCGGAGGCAGCGAGGAGGAGGAGGACCGGGCCCGCCUGGCCGCCAUCGCCGACAGACUCCAGGCCCGAGACUCGGUCCGGCUGUACACCUGGCUCUCGCACCGGUGCUUCUCCGACUGCGUCACCACCUUCUACCGCAAGACGCUGGGCAAGCGCGAGGGGGACUGCGUCCGCGCCUGCGUCCGCAAGUACACGCUCGCCACCAACGCCUCCGCCGCCCGCUUCAACAAGCUCGCCGACCCCUCCGCCGCCGCCGCCGACGACGAGGACGGCUGAUUCGUGCGACCCUGUGCUCCGAUUUUUUGCCUGCUCUGGUUAGUCUUCUGCAGUCUGAGUUCCGAUGAUGUAGCGCUUGUGAUGCCUGAAGAAACACCAGUAGUGACAGAGUAGAACGAGCCACGGAUUCUGAAUUUCUGAUGCGCUUCGAUUGAUUGCCGCUGUAUCGGACCACACCACGGAUUCGGAACUUGGGUGGAUGCAGUCCCCCCUCGAUGGUUUCCUUGCUUUACAAACUUAAUUAAUGCUUCACUGAAUCUUUCACUGAA